AUGACACUAAAUAAUGCAGACUUGGUUGAUGGUAUUGUCCUUCGAUAUUCCGAUAACACCCGAAAGCGCAUCCAAUGCACGGUCUGCCCUCUCAAGCAUGGCAAGUAUCGUUUGAUGGAGUUUCGACAUAUAUCCAAACACAUCGUACAAGGAGUCCAUGUCCAUCGCACUCAAAUAAAAUGUUCCAAGCAGCGCCGAAAAGUCGUUCAGGCCACCGCCCAUACUAAUGAUGUUGACGCCAAUGACUCCUUUGAUAUGAAUACCGACUCUCCGAUGGACACGAAUUUCUAUGACGCGCCAUCAUCUAUGGUGCCUGUGUCAGUGGAAGAUAAUGGGCCCUCCGAAUCUGAACUUGGAUUAUCUGAGCUUUUGCACGAAAUUGGUGACCGGACGUUCGGAUUCGACAAGGGACCUUUGGACUUGUUUGCAGAACUCAAGGCAAUUAUUACUACGGGUGAAGUACCGUUCUCAACACCACUUGCCCCAAUCAACGACGAGCAAGAACUUUCUGAUGACAGCGCUGAUUUCGGGAUAGAGCUUCCUGAUGAUAUCUACGAAAGAACGAACAUCAAGGACACUGUCCCGCUGGAUAGUCCAACAUAUCCUUGGCCGUCAAAAGUGCAUUUCGUGACCUCACUCCUUUUCAGCUCUCUGCGUCUCCCAUUUUCUGAUGCCCAGAAGAGGGCCAUUCUCAGUUGGGCGCAAGAGCUCGGCGCUUGA